AAACAGAAGCAUUUAUAAAAGUAUUCCACUUUGAUGCGAAGCUACUUACCCAACCCAACUCAUCUGACCUCUAGUCCAAAAAUGUGGACAUGUAUUUCUCCCGAAACCUUUCAUCUAACUCUGGUCCUUUGUCCCUAACAUCCUUGCUCAAUUCUGAAAUCAGAGGGUUGGUUCAGCAACGGCAACACACAGAAGCCUUGCAACUCUACUCCAACAAUCCUACUUUUCAUACCACUAGAUUCACCUACCCUUCACUCCUCAAGGCCUGUGCUUCUCUUUCAAAUAUCCAGUAUGGACAAAUUAUCCAUUCUAAUAUCAUCACCGCAGGGUUAUGCUCUGAUCACUUCAUCACUGCUUCACUCAUUAACAUGUAUGUCAAAUGUGGGCCUCUCACUGAUGCACUUCACGUGUUUGAUCAAUUGCCUGAAAAAAGCGGGCAUGAUAUCACAGUUUGGAACUCUAUCAUGGAUGGGUAUUUCCGUUUUGGCUGUCACGAAGAAGGUGUUGCUCAGUUUUAUCGUAUGCAGUUGUUCGGUGUUAGGCCUGAUGCCUACUCCUUGUGCAUUCUACUGGGUGAUGGGCAUAUAGGGUACAGGGUAGGGAAACAUAUUCAUGGUUACAUUAUUCGAAACAUGUUGAAUGCUGAUCCUUUCUUGGAGACUGCACUCAUUGAUAUGUACUUUAGUUGUGGUACGCCAACAGUUGCAUGGUCUGUGUUCAAAGAGCUGAAAGAUAAGAGCAAUGUUGUAGCUUGGAACGUGGUCAUUAGAGGUUUUGCAGAAAAUGGACUGUGGGAGAACAGUUUGGAGUCAUAUUUAUUAGCAAAAAAUGAGAAUGUAAAACUUGUGUCACAUUCAUUUACUAGUGCUGUAAGUGCUUGCAGUCAAUGCGAGUCUCUGAGUUUUGGCGUGCAGGUUCACUGUGAUGUGAUUAAGGUGGGGUUUGACUAUGAUCCUUACGUUCUGACUUCCCUUAUGACAAUGUACGCCAAGUGCCAAUCAGUUGAAUUCGCAGAAAAAGUUUUUAGUCAGGUCUCAGAUAAAGGAAUUGAAGUAUGGAAUGCACUAAUCUCAGCUUAUGUUGGUAAUGGAUAUGCUUAUAAUGUGUUAGCAGUAUACAAACAGAUGAGAUCAUGUAGAAUUCUUCCCGACUCAUUCACGUUUUUAAAUGUUUUAACAUCAAGCAGUACGGUUGGAAUUUAUGAUAUUGGUAGGUCAAUGCAUACAGAGAUUGUGAAGGUAGCUGCAGAAAGUAACAUCACUAUACAAAGUGCACUCUUGACUAUGUACUGUAAAUUUGGAGAAACUGAUAAUGCUAGUUUGAUUUUUUGCACAAUGAAGGAAAGAGACGUGGUUACAUGGGGCUCUAUGAUAUCGGGUUUUAACCAAAAUAGUAAAUACAAAGAAGCACUGGACUUUUUCAGAGCAAUGGAGGCAAAUGGGGUGAAACCCGACUCUGAUAUUAUGGCGAGCAUUAUCAGUACUUGUACUGGAUUAGAUAAGGUAGAAUUAGGUUGUGGAAUUCAUGGAUUUGUUAUUAAAAGUGGACUGGAAUUGGAUUUAUUUGUUGCAAGUUCACUGUUAGAUAUGUACGCCAAAUUUGGUUUUCCAGAAAGAGCCGGAAAUGUAUUUUCUGAAAUGUCCGUUAAAAAUCUUGUGUCUUGGAAUUCUAUUAUCUCCGGCUACUGCAAGAAUGAUCUCCCAGAGCUGUCCAUCAGACUAUUUUCUCAAAUUAUGGGGAAUGGAUUUUAUCCAGAUUCUUUCUCCUUUACUAGUGUUCUUGUUGCCAUCUCAACAGUUGCAGCACUGCUGAAAGGAAAAAGUGUACAUGGAUACUUGAUCAGACUCUGUAUACCAUUUGAUAUUCAAGUGGAGAAUGCCUUAAUUGAUAUGUAUAUCAAGUGUGGGUUCUUGAAAUAUUCAGAGUCUAUUUUCCAGAACAUGUCUCAGGCGACCUUGGUAACGUGGAAUACGAUGAUUGCAGGUUAUGGAUCUUAUGGAGCGUGCUUCAAAGCAAUCAAGUUAUUUAAUGAAAUGCAAAGUUGUGGAGUUGAACCUGAUCAUAUUACUUUUCUUUCUCUGUUGUCAUCUUGCAACCACUCUGGUUUGGUUCAAGAAGGCCUACAACUAUUUCAGUUGAUGAAAAAUGAGUAUGGGAUUGAUCCAAGGAUGGACCAUUAUGUAAACAUAGUUGAUCUUUAUGGUCGUGCAGGACGGUUAGAUGAUGCUUAUGUUUUUGUAAAAAAGAUGCCCAUUGAUCCUGACAGGAGUGUCUGGCUAUCUUUGUUAUCUUCCUGCCGAAACCAUCAAAAUAUUGAACUCGGAGAAAUUGUAGCAAACAAUCUAUUAAAUAUGGAACCGUGCGGAGGGAGCAAUUAUGUCCAACUAUUGAAUCUUUAUGGAGAUGCUGAAUUGUGGGAUAGAGCAGCAAAUCUACGGGCAUCAAUGAAAGAGAAGGGAUUGAAGAAAACGCCGGGAUGUAGCUGGAUAGAAGUGAGAAACAAGGUAGAUGUUUUCUUUUCGGGGAGUUGUUCAUCUCCGAUGACAAAUGAGAUGUAUGAUACUUUGAGUAGUCUCAAGAGGAACAUGAUUAAGAAAGGAGCUAAUUAUGAGCUACUGCUGGAGCAGUAAACUUAAAGUUCAACAUUUCUAUAUGCAUUUGAGCGUCUUGAACCUUAUCAUCAUAAUAUCAGUAGGUGUGCUUGAAGAGCAGGAAGCAAUGCUGUUGGGAAUGAAGCACGAGGAAGAAGAGACUGCAGCUCAGAAGGAUGUGUUAUAUCUUAAAGUCGAUCAAAAGUGUGAAACAGUGCUCUGCAUCUUUUUCAAUACAGCUAGUUUAGUUGUUUUAGUACCCUCUUCCUUGUUUAGAUCACUAACAAGAAGUGCAGCAAAAUUUGCACUGUAUCACAAGUUUAGGAAUUAUGUAUCUAAAGCAAUCCAAAUUCAAAUAUUAAGAAUUUUUGAAUAGCAAACACUCUAGUAAUUUUUGUUCGAA